AUGUACUCUGUCAUCAGUCCGAAUCUAUCUCGUACCAGAACAUCUUGGGCACGAGCAAUAUCGUCUGUGACUCCGGGGCAUGUUCUUCAAGGCGCCUGUUGGAACUAUUCAUACGUGAAACCCGUCAAAGGAUAUCCCACACACACCGCCGACAUCUUCAAGGCUCAGGUCGUUCCCCGGGAGAAAGCCUGCGUUGACUGGAAGGCUCCCGAAUGGGCGGUGAUCAAAAAGGUGUCCACCUAUGAGCAUAUAGCUAGGAACCUACAACGCGAGGUUAAGACCUAUGGCCUUCCCGAGGUCGCCUCGGCCGAGUGCUUUCGGAAAAUGUAUGAGAAAAUCGACGAUAGCACCAUCGCUUUAGAAUGGUUGGACACUACGCUCGCAGAGAUGAAAUAUCGACCUGAGAUGAGGGUCUAUUCUGUCAUCACGGCUGUUCUAAAGGCAGCAUUCACAAGUUGUGUCAUCCUGGAGGACCAACAGCAUGUGAACACAGACUUUAAGCCCGCUAAUAUCUUGCUUUCUCAUAUCGACACUGACCAGAUUAUCGCCAAAGUUGGGGACUUAAGACUCGUUGUCCCAGUCGGUAAACUGUUUAACGCCCAACCAUUUGCUAUGCGUGCCCCUGAAGUCUUCCUAGGCGAGCCAUGCACUGAGCCAUCGCAGGUUUGGGCUGUGGCCGCGAUGCUCCUCUGCUGGAUCAAACCAGGUGUGUUGGGCAAUAUCUCUCCUGGAAUGGUAAAGAGUGACGCUCGUCGAGUUGCAGUCAGUAGUGCUCAAACUUUCAGCCAAAAGGUGCCAGCGUUUCAAGCAAUCUCACCAUUUGAUGAGAAGACCAACAAAGUGGACAUGCCGCAGGAGUUAAGGGAUCUGCUCCGUUUCAUUCUGGAGCCUGAUCCAACUAAAAGGCCCUCCGCCUCAGCUGUGCUUGCAUCGAAGGAAUUUCGAGAUUUUGAACAAUACGUGAGCGUAUAG